AUGCUGCUCACAGGUACGGUCUGCGGGGGCGUGACCGGUCUCUUUUCGUUCUCGAGCUGCUGGAGGGUCUCUGGCAUUUGCCUGGGGGAUCUGCGUCUGAUUUCCUCUACGCCGGGGGACAGCUGGGCGGACGAAGUCGUUGCGGGGGGAUUCGACAUGAGCCCAACCGAUCGGAGUUGUUGCGGUUCCGCAGGAGGCGACUUCAGCCCAAUUUCCUUCCUCUUUCCACUCUGA